AUGGAAAAUAGAAGCCAAGAUCCAAAGGGGAUAUUAGAGAUUCCAGUAGAUAUGGAGAUGUUUUCAUCCCUGUGUAAAUAUCCCAUGACACCUUCAGCACCUUCAGCACCAAACCAAGAAACUGAGAGUCGACCCACGUCAGAGCCACCAUCUCAAAGAAUGAAAGACGACCUAAUAACGCCUUGUCCUACACCCAGAGAAGAGGCAUCGGAAUGGAAUGUCCAACCUCCUGGUCAAGCAGAAAACCAUGAUUAUGUUGGUGAUCUGGCUGCUCAGAUAUCUAAUGAUGAAGAGGAGGAAUUUGUGAUAGAAUGCUUGGGAACAUUGGCUAAUUUGACCUUAUCUGAUUUAGACUGGGAACUUGUGUUAAAAGAGUACAAAAUGGUACCAUAUCUGAAAGAUAAAUUAAAGCCAGGUUCAGCAGAAGAUGAUCUUGUCUUGGAAGUGGUGAUAAUGAUUGGGACUGUAUCAAUGGAUGAUUCCUGUGCAGCGCUGCUAGCUAAAUCAGGAAUUAUUCCAGCACUUAUUGAACUACUGAAUGGUAUGUAUGGAAGUCACAUGAAAUUCUGGAACAAGAAAUGUAUUUCCCUCUUUAGACAAUUUGUGGUGUGUUUUCUUGCCCGAGGAGAAGAAAAUAUCCUUUACUCUAUCUUCUUAGAGGCUCCUGCAUAUCUUAUAGACUUGAUGCAUGAUAAAAAUUCUGAAAUCCGUAAAGUCUGUGAUAAUACACUGGAUAUAAUAGCAGAGUAUGAUGAAGAGUGGGCUAAGAAGAUACAAAGUGAGAAAUUCCGAUGGCACAAUUCUCAGUGGCUAGAAAUGGUGGAAAGCCGGCAAAUGGAUGAAAAUGAGCAAUACCUGUAUGGGGAUGACCGUAUCGAGCCCUAUAUUCAUGAAGGAGAUAUUCUAGAAAGACCUGAUCUUUAUUACAGUGCUGAUGGAUUAAUAACACAUGAUGGAGCAAUAAGUCCUGAUUUCUUCAGUGAUUACCAUCUUCAGAAUGGAGAUCUUGUGAACCAACAUCCUUUCUCUGGCAGUGUUGCAAUGGAUGGAUUUGGCCAGCCCAUAGGUAUUCCAAGCCGCCCAACUACUGCUUAUGGGUAUCGACCAGAUGAACCUUACUACUAUAACAACUUUGGAUCCCGAUAAAGAAAUCUACCAUAUUAAACUUCCUGUACUGUUGAAUUGUGUCUUAAUUAGGGCAUUUUUUAUUGUCAAUGCAUGAUGCUACUGUUUACAUGACUGUGAUACAUGUUUGUUGUUGCCCCAGGAAAAUGUUAGUAAUUCAAAUUCCCUUCCUUCUCCAUCUAUGCAUUAUUUCUGUUGGUCCCCCCCCCCCCAGAUGUUGAAGUCUAUUAACUGGAAAGUUAAUGUUAUGUAUAUUGAGCAAUUAAUUUAAUUAUCUUAAAAUAGACCGGGUGAUUGUUAGACUGUACGCCCAGGGUCCAUGAGUUAAAUAAAUGACUUUUUUGUUUUUGAAUAAAAAA